GCUAGGCGGAAGUCCAAGCGACGGGCGUGGGGUGGAGAAAGAAAGGACCCGGAUGACGGGAUCAUGGAGUUCUCUUUCGAUGUGGACGCGAUAUUUGGGGAGCGGAUCACGACUGUGGAUCAGCACUUGCAACCCUCCGGGCGAAGGGGGCCCGGGUUCGCCACGACCUAUAGAAUGGAUCUGCAGCAGCAGCUAAUGGCGAUCAUCGAUGAGAUGGGCAAGGCUUCUGCCAAGGCCCAGAAUCUGCCAACACCAAUUACCAGUGCCUCACGGAUGCAAACCAACCGCCAUGUUCUCUAUAUUCUGAAGGACAAUGAAGUAAAAAAAAAUGGGAAGGGGGUUGUGAUCGGCUUCCUCAAGGUCGGAUAUAAGAAACUCUUUGUCCUGGACCGCCACGGUGCUCACAACGAGGUGGAACCCCUGUGUGUCCUGGACUUCUACAUUCACGAAUCUCUCCAAAGGCAUGGCUAUGGCAAGGAGCUCUUCCACUACAUGUUGCAGCGAGAGCGAGUGGAUCCCCACCAGUUGGCUGUGGACCGCCCCUCAGAGAAACUCCUGUGCUUCCUUCGGAAACACUAUGGCCUCUGUGAUACUAUCCCCCAGGUGAACAACUUUGUGAUUUUCCAUGGCUUUUUCAGCCACCGACAUGCUCCAGCAAGGAAGUUGCCUCCCAAGCGUCCGGAGGAAGAUAUAAAACCUUACUCCUUGUCAGAUCGAGAGUUUCUCAAAGAAGAAGUUGAACCACCAUGGCCGUUUAACCAGUCUUGCUCGCUGACCCGCUCUAGCAGCGUGGGGAACUCCCCGGUACGGGGCUGCCUCAAACCUUUCCUCAAUGAGCAGGAGCUGCUGAAGAAUUUGCGCCUCUGCCCCCCUCACUCGACUGCCCAUCUCCUGAUGAAUGGGGAGCCUGGUAACCCUGCUUCACAGAGGCGGAGAACGAGGAAGAGCCCUCAAAAGGAUGUUGCAAUGGCUCAGAAGUGUUCUUACAGCCACUUUGAAAACUCGGCCCUGUUUCUGGAAGACCCUGAGAAAAGAGCAAGUGACUUAAAGAUCCUCCUCUGUUCCCCAAGGAAGGUUGAGGAAUCAGAACGCCAGUCAGACACCACCACUGCCAGUCAUUCACACCAACAAGAACCAGCUGCCCUUGGACAUUCAGAAGAUGCUGGCCAUCCUCCUGAAGAAUCCUCUUGCCCCAUGACGGGCCCCCAAACUCUUGCUGUUCCGGAAUGGACUAAAAGCCCCGAUGCUCUGGCUGCUGCAAUCCCCCAGUCCUCUGGUAAAAGUGACCCAGGUGUGGCUCACCUAUCUCGGAAGCAGAACUGGUACAAUCUGGCCAGGAGCCCACAGCAGAUGAUGCCCAUGUGGACAAUAGCAGGAGGGCCCUAUGAAGCCAAAAGGAUCAGCCACAUGUACCAGCAUCGCAAUACCAGGCCUUGGUGACGGGGAAUGGUGUGUUAUCAUGGCUAUAGCGCCAAGUCAAUAAUGGACAGUCUUGUCAAUCCAGGGAAGAACAAUGACUCUCCCUAAGAAGACAUUUUGCCAUCAAAAAGACUUGGACUGAACAAUUUAACCUAGA